UCAUCUCUCAGUACCCUUUCUGUUUUCUCCACCCCUCGCUCCGGCCUCCGCAGCUCGCGAUCGGAUUCGCUCCCUCCUCGCCGCGCCCCACCAAACCCGUCGGCGCUGGGGAUCUCUAGGGUUUAGCCCAGUCGCCCGGCUCGACCCCGCGCCGUCCUCGCCGUCGCCACCAUGCCGCUCAGGUUGGAGAUCAAGCGGAAGUUCGCGCAACGGUCAGAGAGGGUCAAGUCGGUGGAUCUUCACCCCACGGAGCCAUGGAUUCUGUCGAGCCUCUACUCGGGGAGUGUCUGCAUCUGGGAUUAUCAGGCACAGGCUAUGGUGAAAUCAUUUGAAGUUUCAGAACUUCCAGUGCGGUCGGCAAAAUUUGUAUCAAGAAAACAAUGGGUUGUAGCUGGUGCAGAUGACAUGUUCAUUCGUGUCUACAACUACAAUACCAUGGACAAAGUUAAAGUUUUUGAGGCCCAUACUGAUUACAUCAGAUGUGUUGCUGUCCAUCCAACUCUACCAUAUGUACUGUCAUCAUCUGAUGACAUGUUGAUAAAGCUGUGGGACUGGGAUAAAGGAUGGAUGUGCACUCAAAUCUUUGAGGGACAUUCACACUAUGUGAUGCAGGUUACUUUCAAUCCAAAGGAUACCAAUACCUUCGCAAGUGCAUCUCUUGACCGCACUACAAAGAUAUGGAGUUUGGGUUCUCCAGAUCCAAACUUUACACUUGAUGGACAUCAAAAGGGUGUUAAUUGUGUUGACUACUUCACUGGUGGUGACAGGCCCUAUUUGAUUACUGGUUCUGAUGACUCCACUGCAAAGGUCUGGGAUUACCAAACAAAGAGCUGUGUUCAGACACUUGAAGGGCAUACACAUAACAUCUCUGCUGUCUGUUUCCAUCCUGAGCUUCCUAUAAUCAUCACUGGAUCGGAAGAUGGCACAGUUCGUAUAUGGCAUUCAACAACUUAUAGACUCGAGAACACACUAAACUAUGGCCUUGAGAGAGUUUGGGCUGUUGGAUACAUGAAGGGAUCAAGAAGGAUGGUGAUUGGUUAUGAUGAGGGAACUAUUAUGAUAAAAAUGGGCCGUGAAGUACCUGUAGCAAGUAUGGACACCAGUGGGAAAAUCAUUUGGGCGAAACAUAAUGAAAUACAAACUGUAAAUAUUAAGACUGUUGGUGCAGGCUUUGAGGUCACAGAUGGAGAAAGAUUACCCCUUGCUGUAAAGGAGUUAGGAAGCUGUGAUCUAUACCCACAGAGUUUGAAGCAUAACCCUAAUGGCCGAUUCGUCGUUGUAUGUGGAGAUGGCGAAUACAUAAUUUAUACUGCAUUGGCUUGGAGGAAUAGAUCGUUUGGAUCUGCAUUGGAAUUUGUUUGGUCAUCAGAAGGAGAAUAUGCAAUCAGGGAAAGUACAUCAAGAAUUAAAAUUUUCAAUAAAUCAUUUCAGGAGAAGAAAAGUAUCCGGCCUACAUUUUCAGCGGAGCGUAUUUUUGGUGGGGUAUUGUUGGCAAUGUGUUCUAGUGAUUUCAUUUGCUUUUAUGACUGGGUUGAUUGCAGACUAAUACGCCGAAUUGAUGUCACUGUUAAGAACCUUUACUGGGCUGAUAGUGGUGACCUAGUUGCAAUAGCAAGUGAUACGUCAUUCUACAUCCUCAAGUACAAUAGAGAUGUUGUUGCUUCUUAUCUAGAAGGUGGAAAACCUGUGGACGAGGAAGGUGUUGAAGAUGCUUUUGAGCUGCUUCAUGAGGUCAAUGAGCGAGUGCGUACUGGGAUUUGGGUUGGAGACUGCUUCAUAUAUAACAAUUCAUCUUGGCGCCUAAAUUAUUGUGUUGGUGGUGAGGUCACCACAAUGUAUCACUUGGAUCGCCCUAUGUAUUUGUUGGGAUAUCUUGCGAACCAAAGUCGAGUUUAUCUAAUUGACAAGGAGUUUAACGUCAUUGGGUACACAUUACUUCUCAGUUUGAUUGAGUACAAGACCCUUGUGAUGCGUGGGGAUUUGGAACGUGCAAAUGAAAUUUUACCAUCCAUACCAAAGGCACAAUAUAAUAGUGUCGCUCAUUUCUUGGAGUCUAGAGGUAUGUUGGAAGAGGCUCUUGAGAUAGCCACUGAUGCUGACUAUAAAUUUGAUCUAGCUGUGCAGCUUGGAAAAUUAGAUGUUGCAAAGGCUAUCGCCAUAGAAGCACAACGUGAAUCUAAAUGGAAGCAGUUGGGCGAACUCGCCAUGUCUACAGGCAAGCUAGAGAUGGCGGAAGAAUGCCUUCAUCAGGCGAAGGAUUUAAGUGGCUUAUUAUUAUUAUACUCAUCCCUCGGAGAUGCUGAAGGAAUCGAAAAGCUUGCUUCUUUAUCAAAAGGACAUGGGAAAAACAAUGUUGCUUUCCUCUGCCUUUUUAUGCUUGGUAAAUUGGAAGAUUGCAUACAGUUGCUCAUAGACAGCAAUCGUAUACCUGAAGCUGCAUUAAUGGCGCGUUCAUAUCUUCCUAGCAAAGUCUCAGAGAUAGUAGCAAUUUGGAGAAAUGACCUCAGUAAAGUUAAUCCAAAAGCUGCAGAGUCUCUUGCAGAUCCUUCUGAAUAUCCAAAUUUAUUUGAUGAUUGGCAGGUUGCACUAACUGUAGAAAAAAGUGUUGCUUCUCAGAGGGGCCACUAUCCUCCUGCUGAUGAGUACUUGAACCAUGCCGAGAAGUCGGAUUCUACUCUUGUGGAGGCUUUCAAAAGGAUGCAGGUCAUUGAGGAUGAGGAACCUUUAGACCCAGCUGAGGAAAAUGGAGAGCCUGAUCAAGAGGAUGAGGAACCUUUAGACCCAGCUGAGGAAAAUGGAGAGCCUGAUCAAGAGGCGUUGGAAGAGAAUGAAAUGGAGAACAUGGAUGAAGCUGUCCCAGUUGGUGCCGAUGAACAUGAAGAGGAAGAGGCAGUUCUUGAAAAUGGAAAUGAGGGUGAGGAACAGUUGAGUACGAACAAUGGAGGAGUUGCGUCAGCCUGAAAGAAUAGUUUUGCAAAUGUGAAAUCUCCCAGUGCUAGCUCAACAUGAAUAGGGCAGAGGGAUGCACAGCUCAUUGGUUGCACAUGUUCUUUCUGAUGGUGCCAGAUGCUGAGAUGCAUCCAAAGUGUUAUUCUGAAGCACUGGAAUUGGUGGUGCUGGUGCCAUCAGAGCCACCUUUUGCUUGUCAAAUCCUUCAAAUGAACACCAAAUUUGACAAAUGGAAGCAUACUAGAACUGAUGUCAGUCUGGCCAUCCUGGGAAUGCUUCUCUUGGCAACAGCAUAGGCAAUUCUUUCUUGCAACAUUUACACACCCAAUUUUCACGCCCAGAAAUCAACGUAUGGGGUGGGGAACCAGUUGUAAUGAAUAGCGGUUUGAAUAACUGUUAUAGAGAUAUAUGUAGCAUAUGCCAGGUUACCAUGGCCAUGCCUUCUUCUAGGAGAUCACAGUUUUUGUCAGCCCCACUCAGUGUAAUUUGAUGCUAUUCGAUAAGGUUACAUGUAGUAUAUGAUUGUGGGCUGAAAGCUUGCCCAUGUAUGAUCCGAUUGGAGGUUUAGCUUCAGAUUCUGUUUUUCUUCUUUACCAGUGCAGAUUCUUGCAAUGUUUCGAAGGUGAUAAUGGUGAGUGCUAUUAGUAAUGAUGAUGUUUUAUAAGCGA